AGCCGGCUGUCUCUCGUCUUGUCAUCGCUUUCGACGUCGCUGUCGCUACAAGUUUGGGGCGGCCGGCGAGUGAUCGAGCACUCACUUGCAAAUGGGGCGUGCUCCCCGCGAUAACUGCUCUCGCAAAUAUGAUGUUCCUCUUUAUUGUGCCUCGUGGCUGGGCGGGAAGAAGGGCGCGUCGGCCUUACCAGAGCGACAGAGCAGGACAGCUGUCGCUCUUUCCGGACACGCCAUCUUCGGCGGCGGGGGAGGGAGCGCGAAACACGGGGUGCGGAACGGACUGGUCGUAGCGCACUACGAUGUCCAGUCGCAUUUUCUAUCUCAAGAAAUUCAGUGGAUUUCCACAGGUGAAGAUCCUCCCUUGCGUCUGGUCGUUCAUCCUCAGGGUCAGGUCUUGCUCGUCGCUACGACCACCGGUUUUAGCGCCUUCGGUAUUCGGUAUCGGCGGAAUGGAUCCAUGGUUUUCUCGGCGAUGGAGACGCCGGCGGCACUGAGGGCCGAGCUUUCGGAGCAGAAAGCGAUGGUUUUCAGCGGUGAUGGCAGCUGCUUAGCCCUAGGUGGAACCGAUGGUCGGCUUCUGGUUUUCAGUUGGCCGGCUAUGGAUCUUCUGCUGGACUCUUGCUCCUCCCCCCCCUCCCCUUCUUCCAGCACCGACGAUCCCGAGGUUGGGCUGCCAAUCAAGGACCUGGACUUCAGUCCCGACGGGUCGUUGGUCGCCAUGGCACAGGAGGGUGGUCCUUGCCGUGUGUGGUCCGUCAGCAAGAAAAAGGUGGUUGCUUCUCUCUCCCCUCCCGCCGUCGCCUCGUCUUCUGCCCGCGCGGGGUCGAAGAACAACCGGUCUAGAAUUGGCUAUUGCCGAUUUGCCAGGAGGUGCGGGGAGGAGGGAGGAGGGGGAGGAGGGAAGGGUUCGCUGCUGUACACGACGCUCGUGAGCGCGGGAGCAGCGGAGGGACACGUGGUCGCCUGGAGCACGAAGACUUGGGAGAUUGUCAAAAGUCGGAAGGUGUGUCAGGACCCCUUGUCGGCUUUCUGCGUCAGCGGGAAUGGGGCGUGGUUAGCAGGAGGAUCUUGCGAAGGGGAGCUGAUCGUCGUGGAUGCGGAGAGCUUAGCUGUCAGAUGGCGGGACCGAAAGGCGCAUAUGGUGUUUGUGACCGCGAUGGAGUUCUCUGCAGAUUCCAGUGUGGUUCUCUCCGUCUCGGCAGACUCCAUAGCCCGCUGUACGGAAAUCAGGAGAGAGGGAGGGGGUAUUCUCUCACGUCCGCAAAUGCUGUACAUCUUCCUUGCGCUCCUCGUGAUACUGCUGGGCAUCUUAGUUGCCCUCGUUCGUGGAGCCGUCGCAAGGCUGGAAAUGAGGAAGGAGAGGUUGAAAUAUCUUGAAGUGGAGGUUGUGUAUGAAGAGGCUGUUGCUCUUCUAGAGGAUUACCAGAAUGUUUUGGCGACAAUUGCUCCCGGUUCGCAUCUGGACUCGAGAGCAGCUCUCGCACAGGCUGGCCUUAAAUGUGAUCCAGAGGUUUAUGAAGCACUGGAAAGGCGACUGGUGUCGAUGGAAGCGGCGCAGAGAUUGCGUCUUCCCUUGGUUAACCUGGAGUCUGACGAGCCAGACAAGGAUGCGAACUUCGAGCUACUGAGAGAGGAUGGGAGCCACCCAGACGAGUUUGGCGUGUGGGGCUCUGUCAAGCACAUGCUCGGUGUCCAGCCAAAUCAACUGCAAGGGUCACAUCAACGCGAGGGAGCACUCUUUCUACAGGAACGGUCGCCACUUAUUUUGGAGGUCGAAGCAAGGUUGAAGGAUAAAUGUGACAGACUGACAGCAGCGCUUGAUGCCGGCGCAUUGGAAGCCUCCGCAUCAACAGCCGGGAUACGACUCCCAGAGAGGGUGUCAAUGGCUGUGACAGAGUUGUCCCAGGAGCGGCAGACAUUACUACAGGACUUCUAUUCAGCAGACCGCAAGCUAUCCGAGUACUAUAGCGUCCUUGAGCAGAUACUGGGAGUGCUGCUGAAGAUCACGCAGUCCUACAAGCUCAUUCAUCAACAUGAAUAUGAUAAGAUCAAAACAGAGUGGCUGUGCCGUCGUGUCCGUACCAUGCAUUCAAAGUUGAGGGUUUUUGAAUCGUUGGUCUUGAAGGACACCUAUACCCCAGAGACAGUGGCUGCACUUCAGGUCAUUCGUGGUCAUUUGCAGCAGGCAAUCGAGGAAGCCACAACAGCGUACAACAGAGCGACAACGCGUCUAAGGGAGUUUGAGGGAGUCGACCCUCACUUUGACGAGAUUGCGAGCAGAUACAGAGAUCUGACAGCGAGGCUGAAGCAGAGCGAAUGGACGCUGAAUGAGGUCCAGAAAGACUUUGCGGUGCACGACGACUCGCAAUAGUCGAUAGCGGGGAGAGAGAGGGAUAUCAAGUAUCGCGAUUGAUCAAACCAAAAC